AUGACAGCAGGGCCCGACAACUCUAAGCUCUUCCAGUUCCGAGAUAAGAACUCUGUCAACAACAUAGGUAACAUUUCCCUCGCUAAAGCAGUCCAUCCCGAAUUUGUAGCUAGCAACAAGUAUCUCAGUACUAUAGGCGACUCAAGGCCAAACAACGACCUACGGCUAUACUUAGAUACAACUGCGAACUUACUUAUAGAGUUUCAAUCAAAUUUUGAUCUUCUUACUCGAAACCUACUAUCUCGCUUUACACCGAACUUAGACAUAGCCCGCAAGGAGCUCCCCUCUCUCUUUUCUAAAGCCCUUCCCUACGUGCUUAGCUACAGUGACCUUAACAUAAUAAAUCUCCUCGUUAAUCCCAAAACUAGAAAUAUUACAGGGAUUAUCGACUAG